CAUUCUUUAUUGAUACAAAACCCACAUACAUUAAGCAAUUUGAAGAUUUAGUGUAAAUAGGCACCACUUUGUAGUAGGUUCGGUACAGAUAAAGCAUUUCAGCACAGAUUCUGCCACAAAGCAUUUGGGAGUCUUAAGUUAGAGCUUCAGAAUUCCUUCUGAAAAGGACAAAAGAAAGACUUCCUGUCAUUUCCACUGGUUUCUGCAUGUGGGAUCAAUAUGGGCAAUGCAAAGUUUAAACAGAUGCAAAUGGGGAGGGGAGGAGGAAAUGUCAUGCCUUGUUUUACAUAUUUCUCCAUAUCCAGAUUGAAUUUAAGUCAGUCUUUCCUUGGAGCUUCCAGAGAAGACGUCCACCGAAGUUACAGCAUGCUUGAAUGGUCUAUUUCACCAAUAUUUGCUUAUGGAAAUAAAGGGGAGUGACGGGGGGAAAAGAGGAGAGAAGUGGAGGAGGGGUUUGAAGCUGAGGGAGGCUCUGACCACAGCCCAGCACUCCAUAACCCUGUCUGAUGUGAUCAUUAACCUUUCUGGAAAAGGCAGCUGGCAAUUCUCUGAGGUUGUCUUUAGGAUGUGAGGAGAGCCACACAGAUACUGCACAGACUACAGAUUGUUUGGUUUACUUUGAGAGCUGUUGGUCCACUUUUGUGUGGCAGAAAAAUGAGAUUUCACCCAUUCCUUUUUGCAUUUUUUAUUUUUAUGAUGAGUCUUCUCCUUAUCAACGGACAGAGACCAGCUAAUUUGGCCAUGAGAAGAAAAUUGCACAGACACAACUGCCCUCAGAGGAGAUGUAUGCCUCUUCAUUCACGAGUGCCCUUCCCCUGAGAUCUCUCUAUCUAACUUUAUCCAGUCUACCAGAAAAAGAAGUGAAGGAAAGAUACCCAACUACGCAAAAGAACUUCAUUAUGGCAAUAGCGUGAUUGCUUAGAAGUUCCUGUACAAAAAGGAAUUGUUUGAAAGCACCUGAGAUGAUUUAUUAGUUUCAAAGGAUUUUCUGCUUCUUGGCUUCUCUUAAGAAGAAAAAUAACACAAAUUCAAAAUGAUUCCAGUAUGAAGCAUAAUUAUUGCCUGCAUAACAAAAAUAUUUCAUCUUUUUCUAUACAUUAUUUUUCUUUCAUAGGUUAAAAAGAAAAAUGCCUUUCAAUGUCUUAGAACUCUCUAACUGUAAAAAGUGCAAGAAUUUAAAAUUUUUCUUUCAUACUUCUAUAAUUCUCCAAAAGUAUUAACUUUGUAUAUAUUUGAGAGAUUUUUUUUAAAAAAAAGGCAAAAUCUGAAAUCAAUUGCUUUGACCAUUUGGCUUUGCACAGUAGGGAGAGAAUAAUUGGUUCACUGAUUAUUUAUAUAGUAAGAUUAAGAAAGAAGCUAUUAAUUGCUACCAAUUUUAUAUGAUAGGCUUUAAUGUUUAUGAAAGUAUGAUUUUUUAUUUCAUGAGAAAUAUCCAUUUGAAGUUGUAAAAGAAAGCAUAACAUUCUAACUGUAGUUCGUUUUAUUUUGCAAUGGAAACAUUCAUUUUUGAAUCUUUUUCUCAUGUAAUUAUAACAAGCCAAUGUUUGCUUUUCUUUGAAGUUCUCUUAUGUCCUUGUUUAUGUUGUAUAUAUAGUUCCUUAAAAAGACCUACUUCAAGUUAACAUCUGAAAUAUAGUUAUGCCCAUGAAGUACCACACAUUGGGUAAAAUCUGUAUCUAAAAGAUGACUACUUAUCAUUCUGACAGGCUUUGUUUUGGUGCUAUUCAUGCUGUGAGGCUGAGAUGUUAAAAAAAAAAAAAAAUCAGAAGAAAUUUAGGGCUAUGAUUACCCAAAAAGGAAACUGUCCUGUUUAAAUCUGACUUGUGUUGAUAAAUAGGUGUUCCCAAGUUGUUAGAUAUGCUUUUUUUUUUUUUGAGAUAGAGUCUCAUUUUGUUGCCCUGGCUAGAAUGC